AGAUUAUGGCAUUGAAAUGUGAUUGGUUUUAAGUAUUGUGAUGUGAAUGCAUGCAGCCGUCCCGCGAUUGUAACAUGAGGAAGUAUCAACAAGCCGUCGUGACAGGGAUUGGCUUUCUGACAACAAUCCUUUUCCUCUAUUACAAACACGAGUAUGACCGAUUACGAAGCGUCAUGGAAGUGAUGGAGGUUUUCGGAGAUCCUCACGGAAGAAAUCUGUCGAAGUCCGAAUUCUGCCGCGCCGAACUACCGCAUGUAUCCUUGCCAGAUUCUGCUGCAAGAUAUCUUCUUGACAGCGCUGGAUCGUCCUGGCAACGCAUUGGAGAAUCUUUGUUCGUCUAUUCAGCUUAUUCUGUUUCUACGGCCGAUGGCCCGAGUGAGGUUGUGGUGCUUGGUGCAAGCGCGCCGGUAAAUUUUAAAUCUCUCGUUGAUGCCGAGUUAUUUUUCGGAUCCUCGUCUCAGAAAGUGAGUGCUAAGGUGGACGUGUUGAAAUCGAUGAUGACCAGCGAUGAAGAAGUUAGGAGCGGUUACGACUGGCAGCCGAUAUUUCUCGUGUUCAAGAAGAUAGAGAAUCCGCAUACGCCUAUCAAGAUCAAAUUUAAUUCCGGUGCCAGUGUUGCUGUGAUUUCUGAAGCGAAUACGAAGAUGUACGGAGUCCGGUCGCAUUCCUCGGCGACGUCAAUGACGACAUGCUUUUUCUUGGCGUCUGAGUCCGGCAAAGACGUUUUUUCUACAUUAACGGCGGCUUUUGCGUAUUACGAAAGCGCUGCUGACAUCAGAGAAUUUUGGGUGUACGGAAGCAAUGAGCUUUCUCAUAGGGAUUCCAGCGUAGUGUUCCCUGCUGCUUGGGAAUCGGGUUUAGCUCUGGGUGUGUUGCCGUGGAAUUUCCCGUUUCACGGAGGCGUGGAUAAACAGAGAAAUCUGGCUCUGGUGGAUUGUGCCUUGAGAUCGAACAACCGCCGGCACAAGAUGCCGGGUACUGUGAUUAUUUCGAAACCAGACGAGUUUGUCGUGCCUAGAAUACACCACACGUUAUCCGCCAUUUUGGACGCGCCUGAUGAAAACACAGGCGUGUUGAGACUCUCUUUCACACCGACGUAUUUUUGCCCGAAGAAUGAUGGUAUUGCUCAGAAUCCUUUGGAUGGCAAGGAAGGGUUGAUGGUGGACCAAGAGAAGGUGGAUUUAGUGUUCCAGUUUAGCUCAGCCGAGCAAUUGUUCCGUGCUGCGAUUCAGGGGUUCCCAGUUGUCAAGAAUCGGGUGGUUCCAGUUGCUGUGGGUGCCGUACUGCUGUUUCCCGAAGCAUGCGAUGAUCGUAUCGCGUCGAAGGGGAAAAUUUCCAACGAUCUGUCGUUGUUCAAGUUCAAGAAAACUAUCGAGAAGCACGAAAUUAUACGACACAAGUUGGCCUUCACGAAGUUCCUUUGA